GCGAGGUCCGCGGAGCGGCGAGGCGGCGGCUGCGUGUGGGAGGAGGAGGCGCCGGCAGCCGGGCUGAGGUGCGAGGAGUGCGCGGCGGCUGGCUCGAGGCGUGGAUAUAAGUCAGACUACAGCAGAAAAUGUCUACCGAACGCACUUCUUGGACAAGUUUGUCCACUACUCAGAAAAUAGCACUAGGCCUCGGGAUCCCAGCCAGUGCAACGGUUGCCUAUAUCCUAUACCGCAGAUACAGGGAAAGCAGAGAAGAGCGGCUGACGUUUGUUGGGGAGGACGACAUUGAGAUAGAGAUGCGAGUGCCCCAGGAGGCUGUGAAGUUCAUAAUUGGCCGGCAAGGAGCCAAUAUUAAACAGCUGCGGAAACAGACAGGUGCGCGGAUUGAUGUGGACACAGAGGAUGUAGGCGAUGAGCGGGUGCUGCUUAUCAGUGGUUUUCCUGUUCAGGUGUGCAAGGCCAAAGCAGCAAUCCAUCAGAUCCUGACAGAGACUGCCCCAGUGUCUGAGCAGCUCUCAGUUCCCCAGAGAUCUGUGGGCAGAAUCAUAGGGAGAGGUGGUGAGACGAUUCGUUCUAUCUGUAAGGCCUCUGGAGCCAAAAUUACCUGUGACAAAGAAUCAGAGGGGACAUUACUACUAUCAAGGCUCAUAAAGAUCUCAGGAACACAGAAGGAAGUGACAGCAGCCAAGCAUUUGAUACUAGAGAAAGUUUCAGAAGAUGAAGAACUUCGGAAGAGAAUCACUCAUUCUGCAGAAACCAGAGUCCCACGCAAGCAGCCAAUCAGUGUAAGAAGAGAGGAAGUGACAGAGCCAGGUGCAGCUGGAGAGCCAGCUUUAUGGAGAAACGCUAGCACUAGCCAGGAGCAGGCUCCUCCGCUGGCAGAUCCUCCCCGCAGAGGAGGAGGUGACAUGGCUGCUGCGGGGCCAGAAGAAGGUUCCUGGGAGAAACCUAAUGGUGACGGCUUUCAGAAGUCUGGAGCCCAGACCAGUCCAGAGAUGUCCAUGUUUGAAAUCCCCAGCCCUGACUUCAGUUUCCAUGCUGAUGAGUUCCUAGAAGUCUACGUCUCUGCCUCUGAACAUCCUAACCAUUUCUGGAUCCAAAUCAUUGGCUCCCGAAGCCUGCAAUUGGAUAAGCUUGUCAGUGAGAUGACCCAGCACUAUGCGAAUAGUCUGCCUGAAGACUUAACUGUGCAUGUAGGAGACAUUGUAGCAGCUCCUUUAUCUACAAAUGGUUCCUGGUAUCGAGCCCGGGUCCUUGGCACCUUGGAGAAUGGGAACCUGGACCUCUACUUUGUUGACUUUGGAGAUAAUGGAGAAUGCCCAGUGAGGGACCUCAGGGCACUCAGGAGUGACUUCCUAAGCCUUCCAUUUCAAGCAAUUGAGUGUAGUCUGGCGCAGAUCGCCCCCUCAGGUGAACAGUGGGAAGAGGAAGCUUUGGAUGAGUUCGACAGACUUACUCACUGUGCUGGCUGGAAGCCCCUGGUGGCCAAGAUCUCUAGCUAUGUCCAGACUGGGGUCUCAACUUGGCCCAAGAUCUACUUAUAUGAUACUAGCAAUGGGAAGAAACUUGAUAUUGGGUUAGAAUUAGUUCGUAAGGGAUAUGCAGUUGAGCUUCCUGAAGACGUGGAGGAAAACGGAACUGUCCCAGGCAUGUUGUACGAUGUGGCCACAGAAGCAUCUGCCUCUCUCAGCAGCAUGUUCACUGAGAGCAAGAAGAGCCCUGGAGAGAUAGCAAACACCCUGUCCUGCCUCAGCUUAUCAGGAUUUGGUACCUGGAGAGAGGAGCCUAUGAUAAAGAUAUCUAUGCAAUCCUUCCAUUAUUAAUAUACAAUCUGGACUGCUGUGGAUCAAAUGCAUUUUCUCCUUCCUUGGGACGACCAGAAAGAGUGUAGGGCAGGAGACAAAUAUAUGUUCCUACUCCACUCUCCACCCCACCCAGACGCUUCCAGUGUCUGAAUGCUGCUACAUUUUGUCCAGGCUGCUCAACAUCUGACUGUUCCCUCAACCAGUCAGAAUGCACAGUCCUGCUAGGCUGUGUCCUUUGUGAGGCUGGGAAGUAGCCAGGGUUUGGUCAUUGGAGGUGGUGAUUCUGCAUACUUCUGACUCACCUCCUCAAGUGACUCUGGUUAAAGGAAGUUUUUUUAAUGAACCAACUCAAAGACUGCAGUUCAGUCAGGAGGCAAAGAGGAAAAAACCAGCAUAUUCAUAUUAAAAAUCCUCAUGAACUGAGAAAAGAAUGCUGCCUCCCAUCCUCAGCUGCUGAUUUUUUUGGAGACAGGUUUUUUGGAAACAGUUCUUUAUUUUCCCUGUACAUAUUGGUUAAAAUAUAAGCAAGAAGAGAGGCAGCUCAGGAAAUACUCUAAAUUGCUAGUAUAGUAUCUAUUAUAUAUUUAUGUAUGCACACACCCAGAGAAAGAGAACAUGUAUAGUUUUUCAAAGCUUUUUGGGGGGAAGAGGGGUUCUUUGCUGAAUAAAGUUAUCAAAAAGUUAUCUAAAACUAAAUGCUGGUUGAAUCACAAGGGAAACAGGCCUUUGGGUAUCUCUUCUGAACUUAAAUCUGGUGAAGAUUGUGAACACCUCACAUAAAGGGGGUCCAUCUAUCAAUAUAAUAAGUGUUCCUCCAUCAACACUUCAUAUUCUUUCCCUCAAGUUACCAGAUCCAACUUAGAUUUGGGCUGGGUAAGAAAAAAAAAAAGACCCCCGCGUAAAGUAUUUGAAAGAAAAAAACCUGGAUUAGGAUUCUAGAAGCCCGGGUUCUAGAAAUACAUCUCUGGACUCGAGGGAACCAGUUUCCCUACAACCUCUCUCCUCUCAGUAUUGUCAGGAUCCAGUGAGAACUAGGAAGGUUUUUGAAGUAAAUAUUAUCAGUGUAAUGUGGGUGGUAGGAUAAUGGCAAAUUAACAUUUUUUUAAGGAUCAGCAUAGUAAACUGAAAACUUGAAAUAGCAC